GAAGGAGUGCAGUGGUACAAUCACAGCUCACUGCAGUCCCGACCUCUUGGGCUUAAACAAUCCUCCCAGCUUAGCCUCCCAAGUAGCUGGGACCACAGGCUCGUUCCACCAUGCAUGGCUAAUUUAAGAAAAAGCUGUUGUAAAGGCCAGGUCUCCCUAUAUUGCUCAGGCUGGUCUCGAACUCUGAGGCUCAAGCAGUCAUCCUGGUUCAGCCUCCGAAAGUGGUGGAAUUACAGGCAUGAACCACUGCACCCAGCCUUAAAAUUUUUUUGUAGAGAUGAGGUCUUGCUAUGUUGCCCUGGGUGGUCUCAAACCCCUAAACCCAAGCGAUCCUCUUGCCUCAGCCUCCCAAAAUGCUGGAAUUAUAGGGAUGAACCAUGGUAUCUGGCUGUGCAACUGUUUUUUAAGGUGGAGUAGAUGAAGGAGAGAGAGAGCAUGGGGGUUUUAUUAUGUUUUUAAUUUUUGGUUUGAGAGAGGGUCUCACUCUGUCACCCAGGCUGGAGUGCAAUGGCAUGAUCUCGGCUCACUACAACGUCCACAUCCUGGGCUCAAAUGAUCCUCUUGCCUCAGCCUCCCAAGUAGCUGGGACUACAGGCAUGCACCACCAUGCCUGCCUAAUUUUUGUAUGUUUUUGUAGAAACUGGGUUUCGACAUGUUGCCCUGGCUGGUCUCGAUCUCCUGGACUCAAGUGAUCCACCCUCCUCAGCCUCCCAAAGUGCUGAGAUUAUAGGUGUAAGCCAGUGUGCCUGGCCUUAAUGUUCUGAUAUAAUGCUUAGAAUGUAGGGUGCCCUCAAUAAAUAUUUUUUGAUUUAAUCUUUGGGAAGAAUGAAGAUGAGGUUUAAGGGGAAAGGCAGAUGAGCUCUCUCAUUCCUCUGCCUUUGAAUUAAGUUACUGAAUUAAACACUACUGUGAGGAGGUGGAAAAGGGCUAGGAACAUUGUGAAAUGAGUCCAAAGUUUGAAAUGUCACUCUAACCUUCUCUUCUGGUAGGACUCAACAGUAGCCUUCCUUGAGGACCUGCGUUUCCCAUUUGCUGCCUGAAGUUAAUGUUUCUUGCUGGCCAAAUCAGGGACAUGCCGGCAUUGUAAGGGCUGAUUAUCUGAUCCUCUUACUAAUUUAUUGGUUGGGGUGGGGUGAGCAGGGAGGAAAAGGGAUACCUUGCUUUUCUUUUAUGGCUCUUUUAGCAUCUCAAGUCAUAGACCAUAUGCCUCCUUUCUUGUUGAUCCUUCUUCCUAUAGCUUUGUUUUGUUUCCCCUUAUAGUUCCCUCUUAUGCUUUUCAUCUCCAUCCCCAUCCCCACCCACUACCAGGGGGCUUGGGUUCUGAGCUGAUGGGGUACCCCCCUCUGCAGAGCGGGAUGAGUGGGUGUUCCGGCAGGGAUGUGGUCAUUGACGGCCAGUGAAGGUGAGAGUACCACGGCCCACUUCUUCCUUGGAGCUGGAGAUGAGGGGCUGGGCACCCGUGGAAUAGGCAUGAGGCCAGAAGAGAGUGACAGCGAGCUCCUUGAGGAUGAGGAGGAUGAAGUGCCUCCUGAACCUCAGAUCAUUGUUGGCAUCUGUGCCAUGACCAAGAAAUCCAAGUCCAAGCCAAUGACUCAAAUCCUAGAGCGACUCUGCAGAUUUGACUACCUGACUGUUAUCAUUCUGGGAGAAGAUGUAAUCCUUAAUGAACCCGUGGAAAACUGGCCAUCCUGCCACUGCCUCAUCUCUUUCCACUCCAAAGGCUUUCCUCUGGACAAAGCUGUGGCUUACUCCAAGCUUCGAAACCCCUUUCUUAUCAAUGAUCUGGCCAUGCAGUAUUACAUCCAAGAUAGGAGGGAGGUGUACCGGAUCCUGCAGGAAGAGGGUAUUGAUCUGCCUCGAUAUGCUGUGCUCAACCGUGAUCCUGCCCGGCCUGAGGAAUGCAACCUGAUAGAAGGUGAAGACCAAGUAGAGGUCAAUGGAGCUGUCUUUCCCAAGCCCUUUGUGGAAAAGCCAGUGAGUGCAGAAGACCACAAUGUUUACAUCUACUACCCCAGCUCAGCUGGAGGAGGAAGCCAGCGUCUCUUUCGUAAGAUUGGCAGCCGAAGCAGUGUUUACUCUCCUGAGAGCAGCGUCCGAAAGACGGGGUCGUACAUCUAUGAGGAGUUUAUGCCAACAGAUGGCACAGAUGUCAAGGUGUAUACAGUGGGGCCAGAUUAUGCCCAUGCUGAAGCUAGAAAAUCUCCAGCUUUGGAUGGGAAGGUUGAACGAGACAGUGAGGGGAAAGAGAUUCGAUAUCCAGUCAUGCUGACUGCCAUGGAAAAGCUGGUGGCCAGGAAAGUCUGCGUAGCUUUCAAGCAAACAGUUUGUGGAUUUGACCUUCUUCGUGCCAAUGGUCAUUCCUUUGUGUGUGAUGUCAAUGGCUUUAGUUUUGUCAAGAACUCGAUGAAAUACUACGAUGACUGUGCCAAGAUUCUGGGGAACACCAUAAUGCGGGAGCUUGCCCCACAGUUCCAGAUUCCAUGGUCCAUCCCCACGGAGGCUGAGGACAUUCCCAUUGUUCCCACCACAUCUGGCACUAUGAUGGAACUUCGUUGUGUCAUUGCAAUUAUUCGUCAUGGGGAUCGUACUCCCAAGCAGAAGAUGAAGAUGGAAGUGAAACACCCAAGGUUUUUUGCUCUGUUUGAAAAACAUGGUGGCUACAAGACAGGGAAAUUAAAACUCAAGCGACCUGAGCAGCUCCAGGAGGUGCUGGAUAUCACAAGGCUGUUGUUGGCUGAACUGGAGAAAGAACCAGGUGGUGAGAUCGAGGAGAAGACUGGAAAACUAGAGCAGCUGAAGUCUGUAUUGGAGAUGUAUGGUCACUUCUCAGGUAUAAACCGGAAGGUACAAUUGACUUACUACCCUCAUGGAGUAAAAGCUUCUAAUGAGGGGCAAGAUCCACAGAGGGAAACUCUGGCCCCAUCUCUGUUGCUGGUACUGAAGUGGGGUGGAGAACUGACUCCUGCUGGCCGUGUUCAGGCUGAGGAGCUGGGGCGAGCUUUUCGCUGCAUGUACCCUGGAGGACAGGGUGACUAUGCUGGCUUCCCUGGUUGUGGGCUGCUUCGUCUCCAUAGCACUUUCCGCCACGAUCUCAAGAUCUAUGCCUCUGAUGAGGGUCGUGUUCAGAUGACUGCUGCUGCCUUCGCCAAGGGCCUUCUGGCUCUAGAAGGGGAGCUGACACCCAUUUUGGUGCAAAUGGUGAAGAGUGCCAACAUGAAUGGGCUACUGGACAGCGAUGGGGAUUCCUUGAGCAGCUGCCAGCACCGGGUGAAGGCUCGGCUGCACCAUAUUCUACAGCAGGAUGCGCCCUUUGGCCCUGAGGACUACGAUGAGCUGGCUCCCACCAGAAGUACUUCCCUGCUCAACUCCAUGACUGUCAUCCAGAAUCCUGUGAAGGUCUGUGAUCAGGUAUUUGCCCUGAUCGAAAACCUCACCCACCAGAUCCGGGAACGAAUGCAGGACCCCAGGUCUGUAGACCUGCAGCUCUACCACAGUGAGACACUAGAGCUAAUGCUACAGCGUUGGAGCAAGCUGGAGCGUGACUUUCGACAGAAGAGUGGGCGCUAUGAUAUCAGUAAGAUCCCUGACAUCUAUGACUGUGUCAAGUAUGAUGUGCAGCACAAUGGGAGUCUGGGACUUCAAGGCACAGCAGAGUUGCUCCGUCUCUCUAAGGCACUGGCUGAUGUGGUCAUUCCCCAGGAGUACGGGAUCAGUCGGGAGGAGAAACUGGAAAUUGCUGUGGGCUUCUGUCUUCCACUGUUGCGGAAGAUACUACUUGACCUGCAGAGAACCCACGAGGAUGAGUACUCCCGAGGCGUGCUCUCCCCAGGUCGCCACGUUCGAACGCGUCUCUAUUUCACCAGUGAAAGCCACGUCCACUCCCUGCUCAGUGUCUUCCGUUAUGGAGGACUUCUUGAUGAGACCCAGGAUGCACAAUGGCAGCGAGCUUUGGAUUAUCUUAGUGCCAUCUCAGAGCUUAACUACAUGACCCAGAUUGUCAUCAUGCUUUAUGAGGACAACACGCAGGAUCCCUUAUCAGAGGAACGGUUCCAUGUGGAGCUACACUUCAGCCCUGGAGUGAAAGGUGUUGAGGAAGAAGGCAGUGCCCCAGCUGGCUGUGGAUUCCGUCCAGCCUCUUCUGAGAAUGAGGAGAUGAAAACCAACGAAGGCAGUAUGGAGAACCUGUGUCCAGGAAAGGCAUCAGAUGAGCCAGACCGGGCCUUGCAGACUUCACCCCAGCCUCCUGAGGGCCCUGGCCUCCCGAGGAGAUCACCCCUCAUUCGUAACCGAAAAGCUGGUUCCAUGGAGGUACUUUCUGAGACUUCAUCCUCAAGGCCUGGUGGCUACCGGCUCUUUUCAUCUUCACGGCCACCCACAGAAAUGAAGCAGAGUGGCCUAGGCUCACAGUGCACAGGGCUGUUCAGCACAACAGUGCUGGGUGGCUCCUCCAGCGCCCCGAAUCUUCAGGACUACGCCCGCAGCCAUGGCAAAAAGCUACCACCUGCCAGUCUGAAGCACCGAGAUGGGUUUGAAGGGUGUUCCAUGGUGCCUACCAUCUACCCUCUGGAAACACUGCAUAAUGCCCUUUCCCUACAUCAAGUGAGUGAAUUCUUGAGUAGAGUCUGCCAGCGCCACACUGAUGCCCAGGCACAGGCAUCUGCAGCCCUCUUUGAUUCCAUGCACAGCAGCCAGGCCUCAGAUAAUCCAUUUUCUCCACCACGUACUCUUCAUUCACCUCCCCUGCAACUCCAGCAGCGCUCUGAGAAGCCCCCUUGGUACAGCAGUGGCCCUUCUAGCACUGUGUCCAGUGCUGGUCCUUCUUCCCCUACUACAGUAGAUGGUAACUCCCAAUUUGGCUUCAGUGAUCAACCCUCCCUAAAUUCACACGUGGCUGAAGAACAUCAAGGCCUUGGGCUGCUCCAGGAGACCCCUGGGAGUGGAGCACAAGAGCUCUCCAUAGAAGGGGAGCAAGAGCUUUUUGAACCAAAUCAGUCCCCACAGGUGCCACCUGUGGAAACCAGCCAGCCAUACGAGGAGGUCAGCCAGCCAUGUCAGGAGGUCCCUGACAUCAGCCAGCCAUGCCAGGACAUUUCUGAGGCGCUCAGCCAGCCAUGUCAGGAGGUCCCUGACAUCAGCCAGCAAUGCCAGGAGAACCAUGACAAUGGUAACCACACAUGCCAGGAGGUCCCUCACAUCAGCCAGCCAUGCCAGAAGUCCAGCCAACUGUGCCAGAAAGUCUCUGAGGAAGUUUGCCAGCUAUGUCUGGAGAACUCCGAGGAGGUCAGCCAGCCAUGCCAGGGGGUCUCUGUGGAGGUUGGCAAGCUGGUCCAUAAGUUCCAUGUAGGGGUUGGUAGCUUGGUCCAGGAAACCCUUGUAGAAGUUGGCAGCCCAGCUGAAGAGAUCCCUGAGGAGGUCAUCCAGCCAUACCAGGGGUUCUCUGUGGAGGUUGGCAGGCUGGCCCAGGAGGCUUCUGCGAUCAAUCUGUUAUCUCAGGGCAUCCCUGAGAUUGAUAAACCAUCCCAAGAGUUCCCUGAGGAGAUUGAUCUGCAGGCCCAGGAGGUCCCUGAGGAGAUAAAUUAGAAGUCCUGGGUGGUCCCUGAAGUGAUUGAUCAGCUGCCUGGAGAGGGUAUUCCUCAAGCCCAGCAUCCAUCUGGUGAUCCAAACCCUCAGAGCCAGUCUCUAGCCCAUGACCAGCACUCACCCCUUCCACCAGCAACAUGUGAUUAAUUUUCUCAUUAGUGGUAUCACACUAUACCAGCCAUUUGAGCCAGCAACCUUUUCUGUUGGCUAACUCACUGGCCAGCUCUCACCAGCAGUGUCUGGGGAAGUAGUUCUCUUGGUAUGAGGCAUACCUGUGCCAGAGCUGUGCUUGAGGAGGAGCCAGUUUUAGGUUCAAAGAAGCCAUUGGCUCCUCACUUAGCCAUUAGACUUGAAUAGGAUUUCCUUGGGGUGGGUUGGUCUGUCGUUACCCAGCCUUCUCUGAGCAUCCUAGGAAAUCACAGAUUGUUAAAGGAAAUGCCGCUUCACUGCUGAAAACACCAUCUGGGGACAGCAAAUGCAAAAGAGGGGACUCUAGGGUCUUCACUUUUCUGGGGAAAUAUUCACGACUUCUCAAGGUACGCUUAGACCAUAUGUGCAUUCAGAGGACUCUUGUCUUUGCCAGCACUCCUCAGGUGAGCCCGGGAUGGCUAUCUGAAAUGUCUGGAAAAUAGAGUCCCCUCCCCAAACAUCUGACAUGGCCACUAAAUCUUUAGACUUGCCUUAUAGAUCCUUCCAUAUCAUCCCUUCUGCCUCAGUCCUGUUCCUCCGGGCAAUAGCUCUAGGGAAAAGUAGGUAUUAGACUGCUGUGCAAAAUUCAGAGCAACUACUUAAAAUGCUCUAGAGGAUUCUUAGCCAGUCUGUGAAAGUGGGCCUCCCUCUGUGGUGGGGCUGUUUGGCUUAGGAGAUGCUGUAGUAGUAGAGAUAAUCAGGUUCUAUUUUAAGCAAUCAGCAGAGAUCAAUAUUGUACAGAUACAAGCAAAGGUUUAAUAAAUAAAUAUAAAUAUGUAUAUACACAUACAUAUGUGUGUAUGUGUGUGUGUGUAUAUAUAUAUAUUUAUUUAUUUCUGUAGUUGUGCCAGGGACAGACUGGCCAAAGACCAAACACUGCAGGAUCCCCAAGAAAUUUGUCCUUAUAUCAUUGUGUCUGAGGGCCAGAUAUGAUUAUGAAGCUUUUUCCAAAGAUCCAGGGAUGGGAAUGGGAGUGGGUAGGAGGGGUAAUGCUGUCAUUGGAGUUGGGGGCCGGAACAUUAUAAGUGCUCAAUAAAUAUAAACUAAUGAGAA